AUGAUAACCCUCACGAUGCAAGAUGGUUCAAAGACAAUGACGCCAAUGAUCUUCAGAUUUUUUCAUGAUCUAGUGGCUGAGGUGUAUAGGCGUGGCCCGUCUGCAGUUCGAGUAGCCAAGGUCGCAUUAAUGAGUCAGCUUUACCCAGAAGAGGAAGGCCUUAGGGAGCCACGAGUGUCUACAAAGGCAAAAGGUCGGCCACCUAGAAGGGAAAAUGCUCGUGAUCCUUUUUGGCAUGAGCACGCCGCCGCACGCCAGGUUAGAAGGAGCACAAGAAGGAAGGCAACAACCUCAGAUGAUAUAGGUUAUUAUUAA